UGCCCGGCAGUGCCACUAGUGCCGCGAAUCAGCAGGUCAGCAUCAGCCUUCACCAGUUGCAUUUCGUUGCAGCGACGUGUAGCCUGUGUGAUGCAGGCUGUCAGUGAUAGUCGCUUUCAUCGCAUGCGGGAGCAGUUGGAUCUCAUGCGCGACAUCGCCGACACACUACAGACACAGGUACGUGUUGUACAGACAUUAUGUAGCCCUGGUUGCUUCCAUGGGCAAGUUAACUGCCGCCUCUGUUGGCUGUGUUUCGUGUCAGUGCGUGGACCUGUCGACAGCACAAGAGGACGUGUCUGAGCGGCUGUCUGAUCGGCUGAUGCGCAUUGAGUCGGACCUCCACCACAUGGAACAGAUCCUCGAGAGCUCACAGGUGCGCAUAUCGAUGGGUGCGGGAUGUGAGUGCACUUUCGUGAGCUCGCGUGGUGUGCCGUUAGGUUGGUGUUGGCGGGGCGAUGGCUGUAGACGAAGAGGCAAGUGAAGGACCUGACAACUCCAAAUCGGACAAGGCUGUGCGAGUGGACGGUACUUGAAGAGGAAACGGGAGAGAGACCGUCAUUGACGGCUGGCAAUCCCUUCCAUGUGUGAAUGCAGCUACUUGCAGCCGUGAGGGAGAAUGAUUCCCCUGCUUCUGCGGCUGCUAGUGCUAGCAGUAGCGCUGCUGCUGCUGGUGGUCGUGAUACGGAGCGACACAAGGAUGAAACAGCGACCCGCCACAUGCGCCAAGAGCUCUCUCUCUCUCUCUCUGUGUGUGUGUGUGUGUGUGUGUGUGUGUCUGCGUGUGUGCAGGUGGUGUGUCGGAGGACUUUGAGCAAGGAGAGAGCAAAGGCCAGCAACAGCUUCAGGAGGUCAGUGUGUGAAUGCACUGCCAGACAUGGCUCCCGGGAUUCAUUGCUCUCACUCCCCUUGUCCGUCUGUCUGUCUGUCUGUCUGUCAGGGUGUCGGCCCGCUGGGUGUCGGCAGUCUGACGAGUGAGGCGCUGUGCGAGGCGACGUCAUCAGGCUUCUUCCUCACCAAGAUGAGCUCACUGCCGCCCGGCGGGAUCGACAAGGGGCCGGCGGAGAUGACAGAGGGCAACCACCACAACACGAUCAUCGCACCCCGUGCUCUCGACCAAAGCGCCAGCCACAGCAGAGGCCGCUCGUCAUCCCUUCCGCCUCGAGUGGUGCCCCCGUCGCUGCAUGAUGAUGCCUCACCAUCUUGCCAGCGCAGCUCCGGCGGACAGGUGAAGCACGGUCAAGCAGCCCCUUGGUGGCAGCAUGCAGUGUCCAUAUCUUUCUCCCCCGGUCUAACAGGUUCGCAUAGGGGAUUUCGAGUUUCUGCACCAGCUGCUUGUGCAGGUGUGGCGAUGGAUGGGAGGCAACACCGUGCAUGAGUGUUGUUCAUUCCCUCUCUUGUGUGUUCCGUGCCUUCAGAACCACGCGGUAGCUUGUAUGGACGCCUCUCAGCUGCCCAACCAGGUCAGUCGGCGUCCCGUCCCCACAGCCACGGUGGUCGUCCACAGGUCAGGCUGCGGUGCAUGUGUGUUGUAUGUGUGCUGGUGCAGAGUCCCAUGACGCUGAGGACCACGCGUCGGUGAAAAGAGCCCUGCAGGCAGCGAGGGACGCCCUGUGGACGGGCUUCGGGAGCCUUCAGAACAUCAGAUACCAGGCAGGCACCUUGGCACGCACAACGACACACACUGCUAUACAUUGUAUCCCUGCGGCACGUCUGUGGUGUGGCAUGUGUGGUGUGUGCAGCAUGACCCACAGCUCGAGGGCAACGAGUUCCACCUGCACGAGAGGGGCAGCAUGUCAACUUGCAACGAGGGACCGGUAGGUAACCACCAACGCACAGAGAGGAGCGUAUCUGCACUGUCGCGCCGCACUCCGUACCUAUCUGUAUGUCGAUGGAUCACCAGGCUCAAUUCCGCGUGUCAUCGCUCGAGCUCGCCCACGUCAUGAGCUUGUUGCCUCCGUGGGACCUCGGCCGCCGUCUCCUCAGCAAGGACCUCUCCUCGCAGUCACUCCCCCGCUGCGGACGCUAUGUCAUCGACUGCAGUGACCCGGCAAUGCGGUCUACGUGGGAGCGCAUGCCGUCGGACGUGGCCCGCAAGCUGGGGCGGCGGCUGGUCAAUCUCACAUGUGGGUGCGCCUCGUUGAGGGUCACAUGAAGGGCCGUAAGGAACAGGCGAGAGAGGAGGGACAGCGGCAGCCCAGCAGCAGAGGUGCACCCACAACACGUACUAAUGUCGGGUUCGGGCACGUCUCAGGAUGACGACACCACUGACCAGGUGAAGCACCAAAGGCUUUCUGACGGCCAUGGCCAUCUCUUCCUUCUCUCUAAUUCAUCCAGAGACCCGCAGUGCAUCUCGACGAAGUCCAUCUCCGGCCAUCGCAGGUACUGAUCAGUCACGCUAUGCACACUGGUGAAUCUGAGCCUGCCCGGCUGCGUCUGUCAGAACAACGAUGAUGAGUACAGAGCGCCGAAGACGGAUCCCUCAAAGGUCGACGACACAUCGCGGCCAGCUGGGAGCUCGUAAGCAUCGACGCUCGGUCUCACGUGUGUGUGUGUGCGUACCUGUGUGUGUGUGUUUGUAGCUCAUCGAGCGAUGCAGUGAGCGCACGGCUGCCAUCUGACGCCCGUGUCGGCAUCCCGCCUGCGACGGAGAAGGACAGCCCGUUGGUGAAUCCUGGAGAGAUGCAGACCAUCAGAUAUCAGGUAUGAGAUACCCUUACCCAGCGGCGCAUCGACAUACAUAUGUAUGUAUGUGUGUGGUGCUGUGUGUGGUGUGCGCAGCACGACCCGCGGAUUGAGGGCACCUUGUUCCAUCUGGACGAGAGGGGCAACAAACCACCUCGCAACGACGGACCGGUGGGCUACCGACACACACACAGGGGAACAUCGAUAUUGUGCCUCACACCCAUGCGGCUGCGUGCGUCUGUGUGUGCGUGGAUUGGUUGUCAGGCUGCGUCUCGCCUGUCGCCUCUGGAUCUGGGCAACAUCAUCAGCUUCUCGCAGCCGUGGGACCUCUCCCAGCUGUGCUUCAGCACAGACAUCGCCAGCCAGGCGCCCAUACACCAAUGCGCAUACCUCGCCAUCGACUGGAGGGACGCGUCCACGCGAGAUAUGUGCCAGCGGAUACCCAUCCCUGCGGCCCGCCGGCUGGGGCGGCGGCUGAUCAACCUCGAGACGCUGGUGGUGCGCUACCCCAUUGGCAGCCCCCUCUGGUGCUUCGACGUGUGGGUCAGUAUCGUUGAGGGCCACUUGGAGGGGCACGACGCACUAGCGAGAAAGGAUAAUGGCGCACCACGCGCGAGGGACGAUGCUUCAUCGGCGCGCUUUGGGUGUAUCUUUGUGUGUGUGUGUCUGUGUCUGUUUGCAGGUUGUCGACUGAUGCCCAGGUUGGCCAUGAUACUCAACCAGUCGAGGAAGCCACUUGGAGUAGACCCAUACGCCUCAGAAGGUCAGUGGUGGGAGCGGGAAAGCGUCACGGGACCGUUCCCUUAACACUAUCUUCCUUCAACAGAUUAUCG